AUGACUACGAUUAGACCUUUCGACGUUAUGGAUAUGCUCAAGUUCAACAAUGUGAACUUGGACAGAAUGACCGAAACGGUUGGUAAAUUAUUAAUUUUUUUGAGUGAAGAAUUAUUUUUUUUUCAGUACGGGUUCAAUUUCUACUUGUAUUAUUUGGUGAAUCAUUCCGAAUAUUAUCAAGUCGCUGAACAUCCAAAUGGCGAAAUUAUGGGAUACAGUAAGAUUUUUUGUUCGCCUAUAUUUUGAAACAAAAUUAAUAAAAAUUUUUUAGUUAUGGGUAAAGCUGAAGGACGUGAUAAUGAAUGGCAUGGACACGUUACUGCAGUUUCAAUCGCGCCAACUUAUCGGAGACUUGGAUUGGCUGCCAGUAUGAUGAGUUUUUUGGAAAAAGUUUCAGAAGAGUUAGUUUUAAAAAAUAUGGAAUGUUGAAAAACUUACUAUAAUUUCAAAAUUUUCAGAAAACGAGCGUAUUUUGUUGAUUUAUUUGUUCGAUUAUCUAACACGGCUGCAAUUGAAUUAUACACAAAGCUGGGAUAUGUUAUCUAUCGUCAAAUUAUUGACUAUUACACUGGAGAACGUGAUGAGGAUGCAUAUGGUAUGAAUUUGAAUAGAUUUUAUCGUAAUUUUUUUCACUUUUGCGCUUGAACUUCGCUUAAUUAAAACUAAAAGUCCUCGUGAUUUUUGGAAUAAUUAAACUUGUUCCUUCAUAAUUUUUUAAAACUUUCACUUUCCGAAAAUUCUCAAUUAUUUAUAUUUGCUAAAAAAAAAACAAUUUCAAACCUAAUUACUUAUAUUCUAAUUUUCUAACUGUCUAUGACUGUUUCUAGAAUAAAACCUAAAUAAUAGUAAGAAAAAUAAAAUAAAAUAGAGUUGAACGAUAUACAAAUAAAUCAAUUGAAUAAACAAACAUUUUUCGAGGAAAAACAUAUGAUUCAUAAUAAUAAUAAUAAUUCGUUAUUUUCUUCAGAUAUGCGAAAAUCAUUGUCUGCUGACCCGAAAAAACUCUCAAUGGUUCCUCUUCCUCAUCCAGUGCAUUCAAGAGAUAUUCCGUAG